CCUCCCAGGACAAUAAAAAGGUUCACAACAAAAAACAUUUUUUAUUAAAGACAACUAUAAUCACUGCUGAUCUGGAGUGAAAAAACCCAAUACAUUUCCAAUAAACCUGUUAAUUUUCUGCUGUUUAAUUAAUUUUUAAUCAGUGUUUAAUUAGUGUUCAAUCAGUGUUUAAUUAAUGUUUAAUCAGUGUUUAAUUAGUGUUCAAUCCGUGUUCAAUUCGUGUUUAAAUAGUGAAACUCGGAUCCAUUGGUUUAGAGAGUGGUGCUGAUCCUGGAAGCGGCAGCAGGGGGAGCAGUUCUGCACUGUAAACACGUCCAGACAUCACUAAUCACCCACCGUGCACGAGCCCCGCUCUCCGCCCCGUGUGUGAGUCAGGAUUGUGUAGUGUGUGUGUGUGUGUGUGUGUGUGUGUAGUGAGUAUAGUCAGUGUGAGUAUAGUGAUUGUGUGAGUAUAGUGCGCGCGGAUGGAGGUGACGGUGCUGGGCAGUGGGUCGGCGUAUCCCGGGCCGCUCCGCGGGGCCUCGGCUGUAGCGCUGCGGCUCGAGCACGGAGAGACCUGGAUCUUCGACUGUGGAGAGGGAACCCAAACCCAGCUGAUGAAGAGCCGAACCAAAACCGGUAAGAUCAGUAAGAUCUUCGUGUCUCACCUGCACGGUGAUCACGUGUACGGGCUGCCGGGGCUGCUCUGCACGCUGAGUUUGAACUGCAGUUCUGCUCCAGGCCAGCAGGGGCAGUGUCUGGAGAUAUUUGGGCCGGUGGGUCUGCGGCUGUACCUGCGCGUGGCUCUUCGCGUCUGCAGCUCCGAGCUGAUGUUCCCCUUCACCGUCCACGAGCUGGAGCCCACCAGCGACCAGAGCCCACCUGCCGGCCUGCCGGACCCCGACCUGACAGCCUGCAGCCCCCCGCCCCACCCGCAGGAGCGCCCCGGCAGAACCCUGCGCCCCGACCCGGAGUCCGACCUGUACCCUCUGCUGCAGGACGAGCGGGUCUCCGUCUCCGCCUUCAGACUCUUCCACAGGGUUCCCUCCUUCGGCUUCUGCGUCCAGGAGAGAGACCGACCCGGCCGACUCCGAGUCGAGCUGCUCAAACAGCUGGGGGUGAAGCCGGGUCCCCUGUACGGGCGUGUGAAGAACGGGCUGAGUGUGCGGUUGGAGGACGGACGGGUGCUGGGUGCUGGUGAGGGGGUGGAGCCGGGGGUGCGGGGGCGGAGAGUGUGUGUGUUGGGGGACUGCAGUGGGCUGGUGGGUGAGGGGGGGCGCAGGGCGUGCCAGGGGGCGGACCUGCUGGUGCACGAGGCCACGCUGGAAGAUGGGCUGCGGGAGCAGGCGGAGGAGCGGGGGCACAGCACUCCCAGCGGGGCGGCGGCACUGGCACGGGACUGCGCCGUUCAUACACUUCUGCUCACACACUUCAGCCAGCGCUACAAACCAGCGGGUGGGCCCGGGGGGGCAGGGUCACAGGGGGCGGCGUCACAUGGGGAGGGCGGGGACGACGUGCUGGAGCUGAAGAGACAGGCGGAACUCGUCCUGCAGGGAACCGACACCCGCGUCGUACUGGCAGAAGACUUCCUCGCCUUACCUGUUCCCCUCCCAAAACCCCCCCAACCCCGUCCUGACCCUCCAACCCCAUCCUGACCCUCCAACCCCCCCCCCACACAUCCCCUGCAGAUGGGUCUGUGAUUCUACUGAGUUUUGAAACUGUAACGCUGUAAAUAACCCUGUUGAUUUUAAAUAUAUCGAUUAAUAAAGUAAGAUUAUUAUUAUUAUGUGAA